AAAAGAAAAAGAAAAAUAACUAACGCCCGUUUGGAGAGAGAAAGAAGACCCCCGCCCCUCUGAAUGGGUAAGGUAGCGGAGAUGAACAUGAACAUGAACAAGAAGAAGAAGAAGAAAGGACGUCCUUCUCUCUUAGAUCUUCAAAAGCGCAGUCUCCGGCUGCAACAAAAACAACAGCAACAAGACGAACACGGCCUUAUCUCUAACCCUAAUUCCCAAAACCCCAACCCUCCGACCCCCAAUUCUAACCCUACACGCCGAUCCGCUCGCCGCAAAACCUCCCCGGAGCCGGAAUGGAUUAACGACGACGACGAAGACGACGAGCGGAGGGAGAAGAAGCUCAAGCUCGUUGUGAAAUUGCCCUCGCAUCUCGAUCAUCUCCCCCACCCUAGAUCCUCGGGGAAUUCUCUCGGUUCCGAUUCGAAUGUGGAUGGUGAGAAUAACGAGGCGGCGAAGAAGAAGCGGAAGAUCAACGACGUCAGCGACCGAUCCGGUCACGCUUCCACCGAUAAGGGUGAAAAGUUUUCGAAAGCGACGGACACUCCACAUGGUUCCGGGUCGAGGUUGGACUGCGGCCCCACGACACCUUUGCCAGAUAAAAAGUUGUUGGUGUUCAUUCUAGACAGGCUUCAAAAGAAGGACACUUACAGCGUGUUCUCUGAGCCAGUCGAUCCAAAAGAGCUUCCGGACUACCAUGAGAUUAUAGAGCAUCCUAUGGAUUUCCAAACCAUUAGGAUGAAACUAGAUGGGGGACUUUAUUCUGACUUGGAGCAAUUUGAGGCAGAUGUUUUUUUGAUAUGUGCAAAUGCAAUGCAGUAUAAUGCACCAGAUACAAUUUAUUUUCGACAGGCACGAUCCAUACAAGAACUGGCUAAAAAAGACUUCGAAAAUUUGAGACAAGAGAGUGAUGAUAGUGAUUCACAACCUAAGGUUGUGAGGAGAGGUAGACCACCAAACAAGAAUCUGAAGAAGUCUAUUGGUGGCUCUCCAUAUGAGCGUGUUGGUCCUGAUUUAAUCUCUGAUGCAACUCUUGCUACUGGGGAGGAUAAUUCUUUGGGCACAAACCCAUACAAUCUCAGAAAAGGAUCUAGCCCAUACAAGUUUCGGGCUGCUGAUGCACCAGUAAAGGCGUCCUAUAGGUCUCGGAACAAUGAAACUUGUGCUGGAUGGUUAGAAGGGAAGAAUGAAUUUUCAGUUUCUAUUUUGAAGGGUGUGACAAUGAAGAAUGGGAAGAAACAAUUUAAUGUAGAUGAGAACAGGCGUGACACCUACAACCAAUCUCCCGUAUCAGCCUUGGAACAUGAGUUAUCUGUGUUGCCCGCCCUCAGUGAUGAAUUGAAGCAGCUGAUGGUGGUCGGUCUAGGUUCGGAGCAUAGCUAUGCAAGAAGCUUAGCUCGAUUUGCUGCAAAUCUUGGGCCUGUUGUUUGGGGAAUUGCUUCCAAGAAAAUCCAAAAUGUUUUGCCUGCCGGACUCAAGUUUGGUCCUGGAUGGGUGGGAGAAAAUGAGGCACCACAUCAGCAGCUUUCUCCAUUUUAUGAAAAGCCAAAAUCUUCGACCAACUUUGUAUGUGAUGUCCAUCCCAGUGCACCCCUUGGUCCAUCACCUUCUUGCUCGAACUCUGUUCUCCCAAACACAUCAUCUUUGCAUGGUAAAGUCAACAUGAUGGAACGUGGAGUAUUAAAUUCCCGAAGUGAGCUUUGUUCAAUUGACAGUAGUAUUAGACAAAACAAACCCGAGGCAUCUUACCAGAUUCAGCAAAAACUCCUUGUUCACCCCGAGUUGAAUGGUUACACUAGUGGGUUUGGGUUCAAUUCCCCACCUCAUGUGGGGAUGGUAAAACAAGGCGGCACAUCAACAGGGAGGUGCUUUUCAGAAGGCCCUUCAGUGCCUUCUCAAAUGCUUGGCAUGGUUUCUGGAAGCAACACUGCUCCCAUUGGUCUGAUGCAUGCAAAGCACUUGGAUUCAGGUGAGCCUGUAUCCUGUGGAAGCAUAAUCGGCCUGCAUUCUGCGAAUUUCCCAGCUCCAGGUUUCAGUCAUGGGUCCAACACGAUGCCAAUUUCGGGGCUGAAUGGAAAACCAUCUUCCCAGGGAUUCUCACCGGACCUUAAUGUAAGAUUUCAGUCACCAGGCUCACCUAAUUCUACUGUGCAGAUCGGUUCCUUGAAGCAACCUGAUUUAGCAUUGCAGCUCUGAGGUACUUUUCUCAUAUUAGAUUGGGCCAGGGGUUCAGGUUCCUUUUGUUUGAGAUGAAUAAAACACCAAGCUCUCACUCUGAUGUGGGUGCCUUGUGAUUAACACCACAAUUGGGUCAUUGAGUCAUGAUGUCUGAAGGAUCGGGGAAAGGUUUUGUACAGAUUAAUGUAUCCAAUUUUUAAGUUUAAAAAGAAAAAAAGGGACUUCGGAACAA